AUGCGAUUGAUCACGACUGUUACUGCAACAUAGCAAUUUGUUUAUUUUGGAGUUUUUCUACGAUAACUUUAUUUAUAUCAUUUUUGUUUGCUAGUUUUUUUUUAUAACUUAUACACCGAACAAUAGUUGUUUGUGUGACCUUAAAAAUAUACAUAAUGCGUGAACUUUUUGAAAAUUACGCGAUUUGCGAGAAUGUAACCGAAAGCCAGAAUUAUCCUUCUUACGGACAUGACUUAGAAAUGAUGAGUAAUCAGGAUGUACUUAGUCCAUACACUGGAUCUCAAGGAACAAGUGCUGCAUCGCCUAUUUCAACAUCUUUAUCACCAUUGUAUAAUAUGGAUGUAUCAAUGAGUUCUUUCAGAGAUGUUACAGCCCUUGGCGAACCGUAUCUUACAAUUUUGGAACAACCAAUUGAGAAAUUUCGAUUUCGAUAUAAAUCGGAAAUGAUAGGAACACAUGGAAGUUUAGUGGGUUCAAAUGUUGGUAGUGGUCGCAAUAAACAUGCGCCAACUGUUCAGUUACAUAAUUUCCCCGUAAGAGCAAAAAUACGAUGUACGUUAGUUACAUCCGAUGAGAACGCAAGGAUACCUCAUGCCCACAGAUUGGUACGUAGAGUUAAUGGCGAAGACUGCGAUGAUCCUCAUAUAAUUGACGUCACUCCAGAAAAUGGCUUCAUUGCAACAUUUCAUGGAAUGGGAAUUAUACACACAGCAAAGAAAUAUGUAAAAGAAGAACUUGUUAAAAAAAUGCGAUUAGAAGCAAUUGAAAAAAAGAAAAGGGAAAGCGGAACCAAUACUCUCACAACACGAGAAGAAGCUCAGAUCAAACAUGAUGCUGAUACGUAUCAGAAAUGUGUAAACCUAAAUAGCGUUGCAUUGUGUUUUCAAGCGUUCAUGUUGAAUGAAUACAACGUUAUGACACCAAUACCAAAUUGUAUUGUCUAUUCAAAUCCUAUUAAUAAUCUCAAAAGUGCAUUAACUGGAGAAUUGAAAAUAUGUAGAAUUGAUAAACUCAGUAGUAGUGUUGAAGGAGGCGAAGAAAUUUUCUUACUUGUAGAAAAAGUAGGAAAAAAGAACAUAAAAGUAAAAUUGUUUGAGUUAAAUGACGACAACAAUGAAAUUUGGAGUGAUUAUGGUCGCUUUUCAGAAUUGGAUGUACAUCACCAAUAUGCAAUUGUAUUUCGAACACCACGAUAUAGAGACGUCAAUAUUACAUCUUCAAAGCAAGUCUUCAUACAAUUAGAGAGACCGACUGAUGGUGAUUGUUCUGAACCAUUAAAAUUUACUUAUAAACCAAGCGAUAGAAUUAUAGGAAGAAAACGCCAAAGAAUGUCCCACUCUGGAAGCAGUGAUUUAUCGAACUUUGUAUUACCUAAUUUUAAUACUGAAAUAGAAAAUAUAUCAGGACUUUCAAGCGGAGAUAGUCGAGAAAUUUCGACAGAAAUAAAAAAGCUCUUAUCAAGCGGUUCAGCCGAGAAUUCAACGUUUAUUAAUAACUUAAACUUGGAAGAAUAUUUAGCAGAAUUUCUCUCCAAUGAGGACGCUUUGGUAACCGAUGGCCCAUCAUCUAAACAACAUGAGAAUGAUUUAAUGUUCCCGAAAAAUAUACUUAUGGUCGCUAUGAAACACAUGAAGUCAGAUCAAAGUAAUAAUAGAGCGCAUAUACGUCAGCUGCUUAAAGACCGUUCCACGUUUGGAGAUUCUCCAUUGCACGCAGCACUCCGAAACGGUCAACGUGACAUUGUCAAGUAUAUAUUAAUGUUGAUAAGCUUCGACAACGAUUGCAAGAUACUUGUCAAUGAACAGAAUAGUUCUGGAAAGACACCACUGCACUAUGCAGUCCUACAAAAUCAACCAGAUAUCAUGAGAGCAUUACUCAAGCUCGGUGCUGAUCCAAACCGAUCGGAUGAACACGGAUGUUGUCCAUUACACAUGGCUGUGAGAAAUCCUCAAGCUGCUGCCUGUGUUAGAACUUUGUUAUCGGAUAAAAAAACUAAAAUGGAAAUUCAUGACGAUGCCGGAUGGGCACCAUUACACCUCGCAGCUGAAGCUGGCUCAUUUAAUGCGGUACGUUUACUUGUUGAAGCUGGGACAAACGUAAAUAGUACCGAUAUGUCAUAUGGUCGAACUGCAUUACAUAUUGCUGUAGAUGGUGGACACAAAGAAAUUGUGGAAUAUUUAUUGAGUGAGACAAAUAUUGCCAUAAACAAAAGAAACUUUAGCGGAAAUACUGCCUUACACUCAGCAGUUGUAUAUUCUGGUACACGAGCAAAGGAACUAUGCGCGUUGUUAAUCAAAUACGGAGCAGAUCCAUACAUUGAAAAUCAUAAUAAAGAAUCAAGCGAUGUUGAAAAGAGGAGUACACAUGUAAAAGAAGAAAUAAAUUCUGAUAAUGAAAACACUGAAGAAAUGAAUGGACAAUCGUCUUUUGAUUUAGCGAUGAAUAAACCAGAUAUUUUGCAGCUUCUUAAUGGUCAGGCUGAAGAAUCAUCGAAUAAAAUGUCUUCAGUUUCCACAAAACUGGAAGUGGAAGACGAGGAUUUGCAGAAAGAAUGGUUAAAUAAUGAACAAAAACAAGAAUUGUCCAAUAUUCUUGAUAAAACACAAGGAUGGAGACAACUUGCGAAACAUUUGAAAUUUGAAUACAUGUUAAGAACACUGCAACAAAGUUCGUUGAGCCCAACUCAACUUUUAUUAAAUUACAUAGACAUUCAAUCAUCUAUAUCCCUAAAUGAUCUGCAAACUGCGUUGAAAGAUAUUGGGGAAACCCAAGCAGCAAAUUACGUAAAUAAAAUAUUAAUUGUACGUUCGUGAAAUACAUCAUUCAACAAUUA